UCUGGCCCUCUUCCUCUCCAGUGCUCCUCGGUCGCGGCUGACGUUGGACAACAGAGAUGGCGGCAGGAACCAGCAACUACUGGGAAGAUCUCCGGAAACAGGCCCGACAGCUUGAAAAUGAACUUGAUCUGAAACUGGUUUCCUUCAGUAAACUGUGCACAAGUUAUAGUCACAGUAGUGCCCGAGAUGGAAGACGCGACAGGUAUAGUUCUGACACAACACCCCUUUUAAACGGAUCAAGCCAAGACAGAAUGUUUGAAACAAUGGCUGUGGAGAUCGAACAACUCUUGGCAAGGCUUACAGGAGUAAAUGACAAGAUGGCGGAGUACACCAACAGUGCUGGCGUCCCUUCCCUCAAUGCAGCACUCAUGCAUACGCUGCAGCGACACCGAGACAUCUUGCAGGAUUACACACAUGAAUUUCAUAAAACCAAAGCAAAUUUUUUGGCAAUACGGGAAAGAGAGAACCUCAUGGGAUCAGUACGAAAGGAUAUUGAGUCAUAUAAAAGUGGUUCUGGAGUGAAUAAUAGAAGAACUGAAUUAUUUCUGAAAGAACAUGACCACCUACGAAACUCAGAUCGACUGAUUGAAGAAACAAUAAGCAUCGCAAUGGCAACGAAAGAAAAUAUGACGUCCCAAAGAGGGAUGUUGAAGUCUAUACAGAGCAGGAUGAACACGUUGGCCAAUCGUUUUCCUGCAGUGAAUAGCUUAAUCCAGCGGAUCAACCUGCGCAAACGUCGAGACUCCCUCAUCUUGGGUGGUGUCGUUGGCGUCUGCACCAUCCUCUUGUUACUGUAUGCUUUCCACUAAUGGACAUUCUCUAGAGACUCUUGACAACCACCACUUCCUUGAGUUGAUUCCAGUUACAGAGCAGUGGGAAGGAGACAUGGACAGACCUGGAGAGUUGUUGACCAUCAUCAUGUCAUUUAGGGCCUGUGAGAGGCUGUGGUGCUGGGCCGGGUUGGGGCUGAAGCUGCAAUGUUUGUGUCCUCUUUUCACCAAAAUUUAUCUCCCCCUUUUUGUUUCAAAACCAAACCAAACCAAGAAAAGUUUUCAAUCCUUCUGUCUGUCUAUGAGGUGAGUAAACAUAUUAAGGGAAGUAAGUGGCUUCAUGAUGGAAACUGGUGAUUGUUCACUGAAAGAAAAGUACAUCUGAAGCUUGAGUGUCUUCGGUAGGCCAGUGUCCCCUGAAGUCCAGAUUCCAGAUUCUUUUGGCCUGUGACCAGUGUAUUGCAGCUUUAAGCCAUCGGGGUGGUUUGUGAAUGAAUGCAGCUUUUUUUUUCUUUCUUUUUUUAAUUUGUAGUAAUCAGUCACAGGUCAUUCUGAGUUGUCUGUGCUGUAGAUUUCUACUCUGUGUCUUCAGUCUUUUUUUUUUUAAUAUUCAAAGAUAACUCAGUUUGCACAGAAACUAACCCAACUGUUUUGUUGAACAUAUGUCUAAUUUGGGGGACUUUUGGGAGACAGCCUCACUUUAGCAUAAGGAAGACUGAGACGGUUGCCCUAAUUCAAAUGCAGUGGAAUAUUUGUUCUAACCAUGAGCAAACUGCAAUGAUAGAAGCAUUUUUGGUAUAUAUGCUUUGGUGGGCUAGUGGUCAUCUAAAAAUCUUUGAAAAAAGACACAGUGGUUUUUUAAAAGGUUGUUCAUUGUUUUGACUUUGGUUUCUUUUCUUUUUUUUUUUAUUGAAUUAAUGUUUUCUGCUUUGAAAGUAGAAUGAAAUCUCAACCCUACUAUGAAAUGAGAAACUUAGGUUACCUCAGCCAGCUUUCAAAAGUCCCUCAAACUGUCACAUGCCCCAAGCCUUCCUGAGUCAGAACUGACAUACAUUGGUCCCUGAGGAAGAGUAUGGUCCAUCUUGCAGUCAGGCAUGCUGCACCUUGAGUAACUGUCAUGUGUAAACAAAAACAGUCAGAGAGCCCCCAUGCCAUCCUCUGCUGCAUUAGCUAGGCCAUCUUCUUGCUCCUGCUGUGUGAGGGAACCAGGUCACCCUGUGUCUGUCUUGAUGUAGAAGAUCUCAUCUGGUCAAGGUUUCUGAACCUUCAGAAUGUUAUUGUUGUUCAGCAUACAUGUUGCAGAAUCUUGUUGUCAUCCGCUCCUGUCUUCUGUCCGUCACUGACAAAAUUAGAAACUCUCCACUAGAGUUCCUUAAAGUUCAAUCGCUUGAUCAGUCCUCCUGGCAAUUAAUUCCGCAUCUUGGUAGUAUGCGAUGUGGAGAUUUGCCCAACAUCUCUGUUCCUUUCCUGGGGGAAAAAAAGGCUGCUUUAAACCAUUGGAAUUUCUAAUUCAUGCUCUGGGCUCCACCAGAAGGACUUAAAGAACUUUGAAUGUGAUGCCAGAACCGCCUCAUGGUGUGUAGAUUAUAUUGUUCCUGUGACCUGGAUAGAGGCGUAUGUCUAGAGUGACACACUGGUGUGAUAUGAUACAGAGACUGCAGAGAUUUUUCUUUUUGAUGUCAAAGUUCUAUUGCCUUCUGGAUUAGACAGGGAUGUGAUAAUAAUAUUUUUAAAUUAUUGGGUUUAUUUUUCUAUGUAUGGGUUGAUCACUUCAUUGAUUGGGGAUGCCCUUGAUUUGAAAGAAAAUUAGUUUUCCCUCCAUGAAGCUUGAAGGAUCAGGGAAGUAAAUUCAUUAAUUAAAUUCUCUCUGUUGGGAGAUCAGAGCUCCCCAGACACUUACUAUCUUUGAUUUUUUUCAAAGGGCCUCAAUUGGUGGUUGUGUCCCAGCUAGAGUUUAUAGAGCUUUUGGUUACUCUAUAGUUGGCAUUUAUAAAAUCUGCAGUAUCAUAAAAUAAAGGUAUUUAUUUAAUUAUAUAACCAGUCUUUUUACUGGUCUGAUUAUUUGGUGCAUUCAUUAAAUCUAAUUGUAUGAGAAUCAAACUAUUAUAGAAAAAUAAUCUUGCUUACUACAACUAAAUAAUCAGUUUUGUUGGCUGGUUAACCUUUAAGUCAGGGUCAUGCAUAUGUGAAGGAAUAGAAUUUCUGUCAGGUAUCCUUUGUUUCUUUCGUGGUUAUUGCUAAUGAAUUUUACUUCGUAACAUUCCUUGACCCCUCCCCCCCGCCACCCCAAAACCCAUAUGAUCCAUUAUUACUGUUGUGUCUUUCACUAGUGCUGGAUACCAGUGGCCAAGACAUCCUCGUUAUCAUCAGGGUUUCUGUAAUGGCUUUGUUUAACGUAUCCCUACAUUCUCCAGAAAGAUCCUUCCAAAAAAAUGCUACCAACCCCUGUGAUCUCAUAGAAUGUAAGGUUUGCAAGGGCCCCUGGUGCUCAUCUAAGCCAGAGAAGCUAAGUUAUUUGCCUGAGAUCACCCAACUAGUCAAUGGCAGAAGUAGCUCUGGAGCCCAGAUCCCUGACUCCUCCUAGUCCAGCAUGCUUUCUCCUAUCCUGUAUUAGAGCAAGAAAGGGAGGAGUGCUGUUCUUGCUCCCAUGUAGCAUUUGGUCCACAAUACCUUAGGCCUUUGAAGUUCUGAUUUUCACACUAAUCCCUGCAGCCUGUACCCUUGUCUUUAAAUUCAUGUCUUUUGCCUGGAAAAAGUGUAUUCUUGUUGAGAAGAGAAGGGCCAAUUCUGAAAUCCUAUUUCUCUGCCCUUCACCCCCCCCCCCCAAAAAAAAAGCUUUGGGGAAGAAACAUUUAGUGCCAUGAAUUUUUCUUUUUUCUGUCUUAUUAACAGCCAGAUGCUCAGAACUUUCUAAUUCACUGUCAAGAUGAGAAAUCAUGCAACAAAAGAGGCAGGAAAUUCCAAAAGAUACAUUUUUUUCCUUUGGGUUUAUUGAUAUCUUAGUAAAAUGUUUAAUUAAAAACUACUUGGUUCUUUCCUAAUUCAAGCCAUUAGCUCUAGGUGCUUUUGGUCUUUUGUCCUGGUAAUUUUCCAUUCAUAUAUGAAUGAGUUAAAGUGCUCCCUAUAAAAUACAUUAUUUUACUUUUCAUAGGAUAAGAGUUUGGAGAUUUAGAGCGGAAAGAGACCUCUGAGGUAAUUUAGUCUGACUCUUUCAUUUUAUAGAGAGAGUAGAUGCGGGGGGGGGGGUCAGAGAGGGUGAUUGCCCAGUGUCACACAGGCAGAAAGGGGUAGGGCUUGAAUCCAAACCUACCUCCCAUGCUAGUGCUCUCUCUACUCCAUUACUUGACCGUCAUAUAUUCGCAUUCUCAGAAAAAGGCUUUUCUGCCUGUUCACUUGUAGGUUUGGGUGUAAGAAAAACCUUCCCAGUAAGGAAAGUUGAUCCAUGGAUCUUACAGCUGUGUUUAUGGAGGAAAAACCCUGAAAGUGAAAACAGCAUGGCAAGAAAUGCCCUGUGAGGUCACUUCCUUUCUUUAUGUUCAAGGUCAGAUACAUUCACCACUUUCUCUUUAGCAUUGGAUACUACUAAAUGCAUCUUAUUAAAAGAUUGUGCUUGUGGCAGUAUGAAUGGAGUACCUGUUUCUUAUAUGACAAGGAGAAGGCUUAAUCCUGUUAUAUUUUCAAAUUCUGCAACAUAUUAAAAAUUGAAGGACCUCAAUCAUACAUGCCAACCAUUAACUUCUCUAGUUCUCUUUAGCUAGAUUUUUUUUCUUUUUAUGACAACCAGCAAUGGAAAGGAAUAGAACGUCCAGCCUAGACUGGGUUUAUUUAUUUGUUAUACCUCAAGUUAGAUUACUAACAAGUUAGAUAAUUACAGUCCACCAAAUAAUUGAUGACCUCCAAGAAUUUUCACUUAACCCUUCCCUGAGGAUAUUGACACUUGGGUUACUCUGGCUAGACCUAAAGUAACAUUGACUUCUGUGGCAAGUGUGACUGAUGAGUGAGUAACUCCUCAGAGAACUCCAAGAAUUGUGUUCCAUCCUCUGAGGCAGGAAUCUGUUUUGCCUCUUUGAACUCAUAUUAAAAAGAUGCACAACUUUGUUCAUAGGCCAGUCCUAUUGAGUGCAUCACCAAACUCAAAUCUUUCUAGAAGGUGAAACUAAAGGAAGGGCCAGACACGUACCAAGACUGUUUGUGGAAUAAGAAAUUAAUACAAAGCUGAGCCAUAUUUUGGGGUCUUUGGUGACUUUCUCUGUACCCCAGAUCUAUCUCACCCAGGUACUGGGGCCUUUGCAUUUGCUUUCAUUCUUUAAGCUCUUAAAAGGGGAGGGAGAGAAUCAGUUACCAUCAUACGUCACCAGGAUGAAAGAUGUUUCCUCAUGAAAAAUGCCAAUAUAAAACUCGUCUAUUCUUUUCCAGUUGCACUUUCUAUUUUUUUCUUUUAAAAUAGCUUAUUGGAACCUAUUUUAUUGUAUUUGUAAUUAAUUUUUAUUCUCAUCUAAUGUGCAUUUUCUGUCUGUAUAGAAAAAGCUUUGUUAUGUAAUUUAAUAAUAAACUAGAAUUCUAA